AAGCUUAACAUUUGCACGACAAAUAUCACACACCAAUUAGCUGAUCACCUUUUCCUAUUUGGUCGAACUCUCUUGCGUUGGUUUAAUGGAUCCUGUUAUCAGCAAAAUAUGGGUGGCUUAUGCGUUGCUAUGGACAUGGAAAUUGGCAAUUACAAAUGUGGUUGUCACAGCAACGCCUCAAGUUCCAUGUUACUUCAUCUUCGGAGAUUCUCUAGUCGACAAUGGCAACAACAAUGCCAUUACUUCCCUUGCCAAGGCCAAUUACCUGCCCUAUGGCAUCGACUUCCCUGGUGGACGACCAACCGGAAGAUUCUGUAACGGAAAAACCACCACAGACAUCAUUGCUCAACUCUUGGGUUUCAACGAUUUUAUUCAUCCCUAUGCAAACGCAAGCGACCAAGACCUACUGAGAGGAGUGAAUUUCGCAUCUGCAGCUGCUGGAAUACGAGAUGAGACCGGACAGCAACUGGGUGGGAGGAUCAGUAUGAAUGGUCAAGUAAGGAAUUACCAAGCUGCAGUGAAUCGAGUUGUAAACAUAUUAGGGGAUCAGAAUACAGCAGCAGAUCACCUAAGCAAAUGUAUCUACUCAGUUGGAAUGGGUAGCAAUGACUACCUUAAUAACUACUUUAUGCCAUUGUAUUACUCUUCCAGCCGUCAAUACACGCCACAACAAUGGGCCGAUGUUCUUAUCCAGCAAUACUCUCAGCAAUUAAGGAGUUUGUACAAUUACGGGGCAAGGAAGGUGGUUGUAAUAGGAGUAGGUCAGAUUGGAUGCAGCCCAAAUGAACUAGCUCAAAAUAGUCCUAAUGGGCAAACAUGUGUGGAGAGAAUCAAUAGCGCAAAUCGUAUGUUCAAUGACAGGCUUAUAUCUCUUGUUGAUGACUUCAACAACAAUCAACAAGGCGCGAAAUUUAUCUACAUAAACGCCUACGGAAUUUUUGAGGACAUGUUGAAGAACCCUUCAGCUAAUGGAUUUAGGGUUACAAACAGAGGAUGCUGCGGGGUGGGAAGAAACAAUGGUCAAAUAACAUGUCUUCCUCUUCAAACUCCAUGCCCAAACAGAAAGGAGUAUAUAUUUUGGGAUGCAUUUCAUCCUACGGAAGCAGCUAAUGUGAUCAUUGCUAGGAGGUCAUACAGUGCUUCAUCUCCUUCUGAUGCUCAUCCCAUUGAUAUCAGCAAGUUGGCUCAACUCUAGAUAUAUCAGAUAAUUAAUGAAGAAUGCAAGGAUGCUCUUAAUUUUAUGAGAUCGAGUUCUAAAACUAUUGAUGAUCUUAUUCGAUCUUUAUACCAAUAUUUUCAACGUAUGAGUAGUGUGGUAUUAAUGUCAUUCUGUAAUUGGGAAAUUUUGUGGCGUACAUAUGUACGUUUUUGGUGUGUGAAAGUAAUCUAGUAAUUUGUAAUAAAUUAUGACUUAAGUAAGGUUCUUUAUAAUGUCUUUAUUAGUAACAAUUAAGGACAAAUCUUUUAUUUUA